AUGGCGAGAUGGUGGAUUGACGCCAAAGCUGUUCUUUUUCAGUUCGUGAUUCUUGUGUUUGGGCCUUUGUUUAAGUUAAUUAGUGACAAUUUGGGACUAUUUCGAAGGGGGAGCUCAUCGACCGUGCCACAUUUGAGGCAGCCGGGCACUCGGCGCGUGAAGCUGAGUCUGACCAUCUCCGGUCUCGGAUCAACGACGCAGCUGUGUGAAUAUGCGUCCUGUCUCAGCCACGGCCGGGAGUGCACCAUCGAGCAUGGCCCCACGUCCGUCAAUACCAUGACGGGAGCUGUCAACUACCACACCGGUGUCCGCUUCAGCGACGGUUCCCCCUCGUGGUUGAUCCGGGUCCCGAGGGUGGCUCGACUUCUGCCCUACUCGUCCUUGAUAGACUAUCUGAUCCUCAGCGAAUACGCGACUCUGAAGUUCCUCAAAGGCACCGCUGUGCCGGCACCCAAGGCGUUCGGCUACGCCAUACGCGGCGCCGGGACCGAUCAUGGCGUCGGCCUCGACGCGGCCGAGCAUGCGUGGCGGGGCAACCUUUGGAGAUGCCUCGCUGACGUCUAUGCCGAGCUGGCCAGGCAACCGCUGCCCAAAGCUGACUCGUUGUACGUCGACCAAGAAGGACGCGUCGAGGUGGGGCCCGUGGCGAGCGACAAAUUCAUCGUGCUCGACCCCUGCGGCCCGUUCGAACACGCCAUCGAUUACUACACGGCUUGGGCAGACCACUUUCUCAAGGACAAUGCCUGGCAGCUCGUCCAGGACUACGGGCACAACACGGUCGCCACUGAGACCUCGGCCUCGGCGCAAUUCUUUCUGAAGCACGUUGACGACGUUGGGCACCAUAUCCUCGUCGACCAAGAUAACAACAUCACUGGCACUAUCGACUGGCAAUAG